AUGAAAGGACAAUCUCGUAUUGAGUUUCAUGCUAGAAAAAGUAGAAUUAAUCAUGCUGAAACUCUUAAAACCAAAAAUAUCGUCCACAAGCAAUUGACCAAGGCUUUCAGGCCAGUUGAACAUGUUGUCUCUAAACCACAGAAAGUGGAGAAACCUGUUGCUGUUGUUAGAAAAUCCUCUCGUCUCGCCUCCAAAGACUUGAAACAGACUGUAUUGAACCUGAAGUGCAUUGAAAAACCAACAACUACUACGAAUGAACACCAUACCAAGCGCAAAUCACAGACCGUCGUCAGCCAACCCACCAUCAAGAAACAAAAGCAACAUCAUGACGAGGAGGACAAACAAGUAUAUACAGAAAACACGACUGUUGAUACCACCAACGUUCCAAACGAUGUCGUUGAGAAAACAGUAACUGUAUCCAAAGAAGCAGAGAUUGCAAAGGAGGAGGAUACAGCCGAAAAGACAGAGACCAUCACAACGACAACAGAGGAAGCAUUUGCUGUUAUCAGUGCAAAAGAUGUUGAGGUGAAUGAAACAACAGAGGAAGCCCCUUUAUUAGAUAAAGACAUUGAACAUGGCAAUGAGGACCCACGAGAGCAGUUCUCUGUAGAAGAUGAUUUUACAUUAACCACUAAAAAUACACCCACCCUACAUAUCCCAGAAGAGGAUGCUUUAUCCGCGCAAGACACACUUUCACCUCCUUCUUCAUGCAUCGAGCCCAUGACACCACCUCGACCAUCGCAACAAGCCUACACUGCACCACAUAAAGAAUAUCUCACAGAAACCGAUAAGCAAAGAAUUGAAUAUGAGACAUCGACACUCGAAAAGCUUCGAAAAUCGCUUGAUAUCGUUAUAACCGACCGUGCUGCACGCAACCGACCCACAUUAUACCAUCAAAUUGAAUCUACCUUGAGAAUGUCAACGGGACGCACCAUUUCACUCUCACACAUCUGUCAAAUCAUGUACAUUACACCUCAAUUAUACACUUUGGAAGCUAAAGAGCUGAGAAAUUACGGUGGUAAAGUGACAGAAGCAUUUUUGAUCCAAUUUACCAAAGACUGGAGUAUGCCUUUGGCGGGUAAAGAUUUGCAAAAGAGAGCUGAUAUUCUGAAGAGUGCUAUCACACAGUAUUUCAAGGACCAUCCAGAGCCUGAUGCCACUAUUCCCGAAAUGACUUUGCCUCGAUUGAACUUGGUGAUUGAUAAAGAGGAAUGGCUAAAGAAGGCACCGUUACCCACAGGUGUCCGUAAACUACUGGAAGCUCAUGAAAAGGCCAAGGAGGCUGAAGUUGAGCGUGAAAAGCCAAAGCCCAAGCCUACUGGCAGUGUCAAGGAUCGUAUGGCAGCUCUCCGUGCUCGUCUUGCAAAGAAAUCUGCUUGA